GGGGAAAUUGGGGUGGAGCAGGGAAGUUUUAACACCGUCCUAUUUGCUGCAUGCCAAUGCCAAUCCAAGAGACCAAAAACAAACACCUCUUUCUCUCUACCGUCCUUCUUCCUCCAUGCGAGGCCACGAUUGGAUCAACACUUCCCUUCCCGACGAGUUAAUCGUCGAGAUCUUCUCCCGCCUCCAUUCCAAAUCCACCCGCGACGCCUGUUCUCUCGUCUGCCGCCGCUGGCUCCACCUCGAGCGCCAAACCCGGACCACCCUCCGAAUCGGAGCCUCCCACCUUUUCCCCAACCGUUUCUCCAAUCUCACCAACCUCUUCAUCGAUGAACGCCUCUCCAUUCCUAUCCACCUCGGGAAAAGACGACCCCCCCACUACGACGGCGAUUUCGGUUCUCUCUGUUUAUCCGACGCUGGCUUGUCUGCUCUCACCGAAGGCUUUCCCAAGCUUCGCAGGUUGAGCUUAAUUUGGUGUUCUAACGUCUCUAGCGAUGGCUUGGAAUCCCUUGCUCGCAAAUGCACUUCUCUCAAAGCCUUGGAUUUGCAGGGUUGUUAUAUUGGAGACCAUGGUCUGGCAGCUGUUGGACAGUGUUGCAAGCAACUUGAAGACUUGAAUCUGCGAUUCUGUGAAGGUUUGAGUGAUACGGGGUUGGUUGAAUUAGCCUUGGGUGUGGGAAAAUCACUGAAAUCUCUUGGUGUGGCGGCAUGUGCCAAAAUAACUGAUGUCUCCAUGGAGGCUGUAGGAUCACACUGCAGGUCCCUUGAGACAUUGUCAUUGGACUCUGAGUUCAUCCACAAUCAAGGGCUGCUUGCUGUGGCUCAAGGAUGUCCGACCUUGAAAGUUUUAAAGCUGCAAUGUAUUAAUGUUACAGAUGAUGCUUUGAAAGCUGUAGGCACUAACUGUUUGUCUCUGCAGUUAUUGGCACUAUAUAGUUUUCAGAGAUUUACUGACAAGGGUUUGCGUGCUAUUGGGAAUGGAUGUAAGAAGUUAAAGAAUUUGAUUUUAGUUGAUUGCUAUUUCUUAAGCGACAAGGGUUUGGAAGCAAUUGCUACUGGCUGCAAGGAACUUACACAUCUUGAAGUCAAUGGUUGCCAUAACAUUGGAACUACGGGGCUAGAAUCCAUUGGGAGAUCUUGCCAGCGUCUGACUGAGUUAGCAUUACUAUACUGCCAUAGAAUAGGCGAUGCUAGCCUUCUUGAGGUAGGACGUGGGUGCAAAUUCUUGAAAGUUCUUCACUUGGUAGAUUGCUCAAGCAUUGGAGAUGAAGCCAUGUGUAGUAUAGCUAGUGGCUGCUGGAAUCUAAAGAAACUUCAUAUUCGUCGUUGUUACAAGAUUGGGAACAAGGGAAUCAUUGCUGUUGGUAGGCACUGCAAGUCACUAACAGAUCUUAGCAUUCGAUUCUGUGAUAGGGUGGGGGAUGGGGCCCUUGCUGCAAUAGCUGAGGGUUGUUCCCUUCAGUAUCUGAAUGUUAGUGGUUGUCACCAAAUUGGAGAUGCUGGAGUUAUAGCCAUUGCAAGGGGCUGUCCUCAACUCUGUUAUUUAGACGUGAGUGUACUGCAGAAUCUGGGUGAUAUGGCGAUGGCUGAGUUGGGAGAACACUGUGCAUUACUUAAAGAAAUAGUGCUCUCACACUGCCGUCAAAUUACUGACGUUGGCCUGGCGCAUCUUGUAAAAAGUUGCACAAUGCUAGAGUCAUGUCAAAUGGUUUAUUGCUCUGGUAUAACUUCAGCUGGAGUGGCCACCGUUGUAUCUAGCUGUCCCAACAUAAAGAAAGUCCUGGUUGAGAAAUGGAAGGUUAGCCAACGGACAAGGCGACGAGCAGGCUCUGUUAUUGCCUACUUGUGCGUGGACCUUUAGACCGUAUACAUUCAUUUCAGUGACCUUUAGCUUUUUUCUGCUUGAUUUUGAAUAUACAAAAAGCUGCUGGCAACUCACGGCCUAAUCUCGUGGGUAUGAACUAUGAAACAUGAGGCAAAGUAGGGUGCGUGGCUUUAUAGGAGUUUUUAUGGGAAUAUCA